GAGAGUUGCUUCUGGUUUUGGAAGAGGAAGAUAUUUGUAUAUCUUGGUGUGAAUCUUUGGCUUCCGGAUCUAGGAAACCGGUCUGUUUGGGACUGACGUGCAGGGAUUACGAGGGAUCGCAGGGCGUUUUCCUCUCUAGCCCUCCCAGCAGUGGGAAAGGCUAGAGUGUCUAGAUUUAGUCCAUCCUGGGUGGUUACCAGCUGUUCCUGUGCGUGUAAAAUUACUUCAGAAAAAAUAAAGUAUCGAGCAGGGCUAGAAAAAACCAAGCCGUGGAAUAACUUGGUGUGUGGACAAAUCGGUUUUUAGACUGAAGUUGUGCCUGUGCUAUUUCUGAAUAUUCCUAAAAUAGAGGUGCCUUGGAGAAGCUGGACGAACCAUAAUGGGGGUCAGGCAGGCGACUGCUGGAGUUGCUUGAAAAACAUUGAAAAUGUUUGUUUCUAGUCGUUCCGUACCAGGCAAAACAACCACAGUAUUAUACACAAAUGGUCGCCGGACCUGUCUCUCACUUCAUUCCAAAUAUAGCACGCAGAGAUUUUCAGCCCUUUGGGUGAAGGGAUCCCUGUCUCAGCUGCUCUUGCUAAAAAAAAAAAGGCAACUGCCAGCGUUUCCUUUUUUCCGGUAAGAUGCCACGCUCGUUUCUUGCAGGGUGUCCUGGAAUCAGGCCCAAACCUUACACUGGCCAGUGGCUGCCACGGCAAAUAAGUAAUUCGGCUUUCUGUUGCCUGAAACUUUGGAUGAAUCUGCUGGCAGGAGGAGCCAAUACUGCAUUGCUGCCAGGGAGAGAAAGCCUGAGAAAGCUUGGAGCAGAGCCCAGAGAACAGUCCAAGAUCUUUGGAUGCUGAAGCCACGCCUGGGUGAAUGUGCAGCUAUUCCCCCGGGAGAAACCUGAAUAGCCUUCCCAACUCCUCGCCAUGGGGGACAUGAAGACCCCAGAUUUUGACGACCUCUUGGCGGCCUUUGACAUCCCUGAUAUCGACACCAGCGAGGCCAUCCAUUCUGGCCACGAGGAGGCAGAGACUCACAUCAGGCCCGUCCCCAUCGAGGCGGCCGCCCCGGAGCACAUCCUUCCGCAUGCAGACAUCACCACCGUCAGCGUCAUCGUGAAGAACACGGUCUGCCCCGAGCAGCUGGAGCCUGCGGACGGGCGCCUCAAGGACGGCCACCCGAUGGGCUCCCGCUUGUUGCAGAACGGUUUUGUGGCUCCCGAGGUGCCUCGCGCCUCCCCGGUCUCCUCCGCGGAAGCCGUAGCCCCCGCGAAUGGGGAGUGUUGGGCCCUGAAAGAGAAGGCGUCGAAGAGCCUGGAUAUCUUUUCUCCCUUCAGCCCUGAGCCUCACAAGGAGGGCGAGACAGACCUCAUCGACCAGCCACGGGGGUGCAAGGUGAAAGAGCAGGGCCUCUCAGGGCCAGCCAUCUCCCCAACGCCCAUCUUGUCUUCUGCCUCAGCUUUGGACUGCCCCGAACCCGUUCGAGAGAGCCUUGGGCCACCACCACCUCCGGCCUUCCCUCCGUCUUUCGAAGCCUGUCCAGCUGGUGGAAUUGGCCUCUCUUUAACUCCUCCUCCUCCUGCUCCUCCUCCUCCUCCUCCUCCUCCUGCUCCUGCUCCUGCCGCCAUCCCAGCUCCUCCCGUGAUCAAGCAGGAGGUUGACUGCGAGAUGCCUUGCCAGGAGUCCAGCCCGCUGAGGCAUCCGAAGUCUGCUUCGUCCUGCUACUCCGCGGAGACGUCCCCCAGAGUCCCCUGGCCGGGCUCAGAUGCAAACCUCGCGGGCGAGCUGAGCGGCAUUCCUGACAUCAAGAACGCGCUCUCCAGCCCUCAGGAUCACCUUUUCCAAAGCUCCCCACAAAAAGGUGUAAGCCCGGGGCCCUUGGCCUCCCCAAAGCACGCUGGCGACGGAGCCCUGAAGGAAGAGCCGGUGGAAAAGCCAGUGCAGUGCCCGCCAGUUCCUUCAAGUGGGGGAGAAGAGGAGGAGGAGGGGGAGGGGGAGGAGGACCACGAGGACCAGAGCACCGGUUCCCCCUCAUCCAGUUCUUCACGACCCCUCAAGGUGAGGAUCAAGACCAUUAAGACGUCAUCUGGAAGCAUCACCCGGACAGUGACGAGGGUCUCGUCCGACUCUGAGGCCGGAGCCGCCAAGCUGUCUUUGGAACACAGCGGGCCAGAGACCCCAGUGGCGGAGGAGGCGCUGGUCCCUGCCGUCCCCCAGAAAGAGGAGGCGGCUCCAGAGAACCCUGGCCUGAAGGCCGUGGCCGCCAGCCCGGUGAAGGUGGUGGAAGGCCCCAAAGUGGUCAGCGUGCAGCUGGGGGACGGGACCAAGAUCAAGGGGACGGUGCUGCCGGUCUCCACCAUCCAGAACGCCAGCAGCGCCAUGCUCAUGGCUGCCAGCGUGGCCCAGCAGAAAGCGGUGGUGCUGCCCAGCAAGGCUUUGACCAAGAACAUCAUCAGCUUGGUGCCCCAGGCCCUCCCCAAGGUCACCGAGGUCAGGAGCGGGGGGGCGGCCCAGGCAGUCCCCACCCCCGCCAGCCAGAAGGUCAACGGCACCACGGUGGUGGUGAUGCAGCCCCAGAAAUCCUCGCCGCCCGUCGCCGGCACGGUUAUCUCCCGCAGCCAGUCCAGCCUGGUGGAGGCCUUCAACAAGAUCCUCAACAGCAAGAACCUGCUGCCCACCUACAAGCCAAACCUGCUCCCUCCCGCCGAGGCCAGCCUGACCCUCCCGCCGCUCGGCUACCGCUGCCUGGAGUGCGGCGACGCCUUCGCGCUGGAGAAGAGCCUGGCGCGGCACUACGACCGCCGCAGCCUGCGGGUGGAGGUGACCUGCAACCACUGCGCCAAGCGGCUGGUCUUCUUCAACAAGUGCAGCCUCCUCCUCCACGCCCGGGAGCACAAGGACAAGGGGCUGGUCAUGCAGUGCUCCCACCUGGUCAUGCGGCCCAUCGCCCUCGACCAGAUGAUCGGCCAGCCGGACAUCGCCCCGCUGGUCUCCAUGGCCUCCUUGAACGCCAGCAAGACGGCCUCCCCUGCCGGCAUCACGCCUGAUUCGGGGGUGGCCAAUGGGGCCGCCGCCCAGGAGCUGCCGGUCCUGCCUUUGAACGGCAGUGCCGAACAGCCAGCCACCAACUCUUGCCAGUGCCUGGAGUGCAAAGAGCAGUGCAAGGACAAAGCGGGCCUGGCAGCUCACUUUCAACAGACCGGAAGUGCGACCUCCACGGUGUGCAACAGCUGUCCGAUGAUCAUGGCUAACCGCUGCAGCUUCAGCGCCCACCAGCGCAUGCACAAGAGCCGGCCGCCCCACGUCUGCCCUGAGUGCGGGGGGAACUUCCUCCUGGCCAACUUCGACGCACACCUGAAGGACGCCUGCCUCCAUUUCUCCCGUAGGAUCGGCUACAGGUGCCCGAGCUGCUCUGUCGUGUUUGGAGGUGUGAACUCCAUCAAGUCCCACAUCCAGACGUCGCACUGUGAAGUGUUCCACAAAUGUCCCAUCUGCCCCAUGGCGUUCAAGUCGGCCCCCAGCGCCCACGCGCACAUCUACACCCAGCACCCGGGCUUUAGCAACCAGCAGUCCAAAAUGAUCUACAAAUGCGCCAUGUGUGACACGGUCUUCACCCACAAGCCUCUGCUCUCCUCUCACUUCGACCAGCAUCUGCUCAACCAGAGGGUGAGCGUGUUCAAGUGUCCCGGCUGCCCUCUGCUCUUCGCCCAGAAGCGGACGAUGCUGGAGCACCUGAAGAACAGCCACCAGCAGCAGAAGCCCAAGGAGGAGCCUGCAAAGAAGCUGGCCCCCGCCGCGGCCCCAAUUACCCCCAAGCAGGGGCCGGCCGAGGAGGAGCCCCCGCCUCCCGCCUCCAAGGCCUCCGAAUCGUCGUCGUCCUCCUCCUCCUCCUCGGAAGACGACCCCCCCAGCUCCCCCGAGCUGCGCAAGAGCAAGCGGGGCCGGUUUCAGCGCAAGACGGAGCUGGGCAGGAGGUCCCGGAGCAAUGGCUGGACCUGUGGGAUCUGCCACUCGUGGUUUCCGGAGCGAGACGAGUAUGUGGUGCACAUGAAGAAGAUCCACGGGAAGUGCGUGAAGAAAUUCCCGUGUCACCUGUGCGAACGGUCCUUCUGCUCCGCCCCCAGCCUGCGGAGGCACAUCCGGGUGAAUCAUGAGGGCAUCAAGCGUGUCUACCCUUGCAGGUACUGCACCGAAGGCAAACGGACUUUCAGCAGCCGUCUCAUCCUGGAGAAGCAUAUCCAGGUGCGGCACGGGAUCAAGGUGACCGACGCCAACCGGAGCCAGGAGGUACUCGCCACCCGCUUGGGCUCCAGGAACUCACAGGUCUCCAGCCGGAAACGCAAGCUCUCCUCUGACGAAGGGGACUCAUGCAGCGAAGAGCCGGACAGCACCACCCCACCCUCCAAGACCCCCAAAGGCAACCGGAGGUCCCUGUACCACUGCCGCAAGUGCGGCUACAUUGCCCCCACGGCGGCCGAUUUCCAGGAGCACAUCCCGCGGCACAGGACAGGCGAGAGCGCCCACCAGUGUCACGAGUGCGGACUCUGCUUCACCUCUCAGGUCUCCCUGAACCGUCACCGCUUCAUCACCCACAAGAAGAAGCGAGGGACAGGGGAGGGGGAGGCCGGUGUCCCCCGGGGGGGCCCCGAGGAAGGCUCCCCCUCGGCCGCCGAAGGGAACCUCUCCUGCACCGUCUGCGGCAAAGGCUUCGACACCCAGCUCAACCUCAAGACUCACUUCCGCACCCACGGCAUGGCCUUCAUCAAAGCCCGACAGACCGUAGGGGCCGAGAACUAGCUGGGCCCAGAGCGGGCCCCGGGGCCACGACUGGAGGGGCGUCCCCCGCGUGGCUUCUUCCGAGGGUUGAGUGCGAGGUGCUGGGAUUGGGGCUGGGGAAGGGGCCUCAUUUGUCAUCCUAGAAGGGCUUUCGGUGGCUGCUUCUUGGAGUCGGAGCCUCCCUCGGCAGGCGACUUUGGGGUGGAGCUGGGGGUCUCGCGCUCUUUUUUUAAACCUCUUGCGGUAAAAGGUUGUAGGGCUUAAGUAGCAGAGAGAGUAGAAGCAUUAAAUCCACUCCCCUCCACGCGCCCCGCACCCAGAAGCGAUCCCAGGGCGUCGGCUGUCUCCACGUGGGGGUGUCCCGCCGAGGGGCCGGACGUCAGCUCUCGUCAUCUGUGCUGCCUGGAUGUCACGGGUGUUGGAGCCCGAUGUGUCAAGAGGACGUGUGUUUUGCAAAAACCGCCCUGGCGUGAAAGGCGGGUGGCGUCUGUUCUUCGGCUGUCCCCCCUCCGAUCCUCCUUUCCUGCCCCAAGGCUGCUUGAAGGCUCUGAGAGGUUUUCCCCCAAGAGGAAUUCUGGCUCUUCCCGUCUUUCUUUUGCUAUUUCACGCUUCUCAAACUUUGGGUGGUUCCCCCCUCUGUCUGGAAAGGGUGGCUCCUAGGGCAAGGGGGCCGUCUCCUACCCCAAAUCAUGGCUUGAUUCAUUUGUGUCCCAGAAGAAGUGGAUUUGCGUUCCCUCCGCCGACCGACGGCGAAGGCUAACGAAAGCGAGCCAAAAGUUUUUACCUUCCCAGACCGUCCCAGGGCACGGGGUUUGGAGGUCUGUGCCUGGCCCCCACUUCUCCUCAGCUUGGUGCCCUCCCGGUAUUCGGGACUUCCCCUCUGCUCAUCUCUGUCCCCUCGUCUUUGCUGGAGUCCAAAAUACCUCAAGAGCAUCCGGUGCUUAGAACAAACCCGGUUAGUCGAGGCCACACCCUGACUAAUCUGCACGUUCUCCACGACGUGGCGUUGCUUGUCAAAUACAAUUUGGCCAGUUCGUGUGACGCGUCUACACCCCGGUGGGGUGGGGGGCAGCAGGCGGAAAUUGGUUCCUCUAAAUGGGGGGGGUCUUUCUCUCCCAACGGGCAGGUAGCCAAGCCGACUCAGGAGGGCGUUUUCAUGGAUGGCUUAUGUACUGCUCUUCAACGCCCCCCCCCCGUCCCUAUGCUCCCCUUUGUCGGAUCCUUGAUGUUCCAGCAGGGAUCGGCUGGGUAAUCACGUGUUUGUCUGCCACAGUGAUUUUUGGAGUCUGAUCUCCCCCAUCUCUUUUCCCACCGAAACCCCGAUUCCCAGCACCGUCCUUGCCCCCCACCUUCCCGCCCCGAGCUUUCCUCGACUGUUUAAGCAAAAUCCGAAGCCACGUUCCCACCCGACCACGCCCAGCUCAGCCCCCUGGAAAACGGUCAAACUCCAAGCCCGUCUGGGCGGCAGCCGGUCGGACCGGGCACCUUUUUUAUUGGAAGAGUUUAGGUAGCCGCUGCGGGUUCAAAAAGGCGCAUUUCCGUGCUUUAGGCCUCCAUGUGCUUUACCCCCCUCCCCUCCCCUUUGAAUCGUGCCGAAUGGAGAAAAUGACUUUGGUUUUCGUCUUAAGGUAUUUCUUUUGGGGGGGGUCUCUUUUGAUUUGUGUUUAUUUUAGUUCUGGGGUUUCGUUUUGUUUUUGAGUUGUCACUAAUGCAAACUAACCGAGCGCGUGUCCUUUAAACAAAUCUUGUAACAUAUACUUAAAAGAAACGAGCGAACGAAAGCAAACAGGUUCGGUGACUGUGGUAACUUCUUAUUUCCAGAAGGAGCAUCUGGGGAGAAAGACCCUUUCCUGCUUGGCAAAAAAGGGGGGCGGGGGCGGGCGAUGGGUUAAAAUUAGGUUUUCAUCAUCAUUUGUUUAGGAUGUCCAUGUUAAUUUGGUGCUUGUCUUAGUACUACUGGGGUGGGGAUUGUGCAAAAUAGUUAUCUCGGUUCCGUGGGAAUUCUUAGCAGCUCUGGCAGGCCAGAGGCUGGUGGUCUCGAAUCCUCCAGGCCUUCCUUCGAUGAAUUUUCCUCUCCCGCAAACACAGCCUGCAAAGGCUCUCUCGGCGGCUUUUACUCUCUGGCGCGUUUGCUCAAGGUUGCGGCUCCCAUUUUCCAGAGGCCAAACAUGGGGGUCUCCGUGGCGCGCAACCUGAGCUUGGUCGGGGCUCCUUUGCACCUUUGAAGUUACAGACCCUCUGCUCUAACAGCAGGAGGAGACGGAUUUCGGCCAGUAAUUCCACUUGCGCAUCACGCUAAGCCGGCCUGCUUUCUUAAUCAUGGUCUGUUGAAGAAGCCAUAGUGACCUGGGUUUCGCCCCGAUGCAAAUUAU